AGAAGAACGACACGUGUUUCCUGUGUUUUCCUGAGCCAGAGUAGCUCACGGAGAAGCUGCUAAUCCUGUGAAUAAAAACGUGUUAAUCCCGCCAAAGGCGUAAAAAUGGUCCGUAAAUUAAAGUACCACGAACAGAAGCUGCUGAAGAAAGUUGACUUCAUCAACUGGGAGGUGGACAACAACCUGCACGAGGUCAAAGUGCUGAGGAAGUAUCACAUCGAAAAGAGGGAGGACUACACCAAGUACAACAAGCUGAGUCGGAACAUCAGAGAUCUGGCCCAGAAGAUCCGAGACCUGGAUGAGAAAGAUGGCUUCAGAGCUCAGACUACACAUCGGCUGCUGGAGAAAAUAUACAGCAUUGGCCUCAUCCCCACCAAACAGAACCUUUCCCUCACAGAGAAGGUCACAGCUUCUGCCUUCUGCAGGAGGAGGCUGCCGAGCAUCAUGCUGAAGCUUCGUAUGGCUCAGAACCUGAAGACGGCAAUCACCUUCAUUGAACAAGGACAUGUGCGUGUUGGCCCAGACAUCAUCACAGACCCAGCAUUUCUAGUCACAAGAAAUAUGGAAGAUUUUGUCACAUGGGUGGACUCCUCCAAGAUCAAGCAGCAUGUCUUGAAUUACAAUGAUGAGAGAGAUGACUUUGACUUGGUGGCAUAACGUCAAACGUCUGUUUGUCACCCUGAAGGACGGACAGGAAAGGGUCAGGAGCUCUGUUCUUCUGAUUGCAGUGUGAAUAACUACACAUUACUUUGAAUCUCCUGUUAGUUUGAGUUGUGGAGAUACAGAGAUACACAGAAAAACUGAGGGAGGACACUUCCAGGCUCUUCAGUGAACAUUUGUUUUGGGAGGCUUUUGAAAUGUGCUGCCAAAAUCAGAUUGACCAACAGUUUAUCAUCCAUCCAAGGAUUCCAGUUUGUCUGGAAGGUCUAGUCUGGAGUUCAUCUGAGACUGUCUUGGUGAUUCUGACCUUUUGACUCUAUUCUCUAAACCUGCUCGGUGACCAGUGGGACACAAGUGGAGUCUCAGCUGUUUUAUCUUCAUGAUUCUUCUCACUGGUUAUACAGAGCAGCUUCCACAGUUACGUACAUGCGUGUGUGGCUGUUCCCUCUCCUGUAACUCCCAUGUUGUGUAAUGUGUGAAUGUGAGCUGCCUGUGUCAGAGUCAAUGUGACCCAGGGAAAUGUAAUAUGUAGUGUAGGACAAUUUCUAGAUCAUCUUGAAUCAUUGAUUAUAGUUGUUUGGACCAUAAAAGAUAAUUUCCCAAACCUCAAAAUGACAAAAUCCUCAAACGUCCACAAACCAAAGAUAUUCAGUUUAGAAAAUUGAUACAUUGAAAAUAAAUUACCCAUAGGUGUGAAUGUGAGAAUGAAUGCUGUUUCUCUGUGUUGGCCCUGUAAUGGGUGGGUGUACCCCGCCCUUUUGCCCUGUGUCAGCUGGGAUUGGCUCCAGUGACCCUCACGUGGAGGAUAAAGCGAUAGAAGAUGGAUAGAAUAUCUAUCAAAAUAGUUGUCGAUCAUUGAUGGUUAUUUGUUGCAAUCCUACACAUGUCUGUGCACAAUAAAAAACUGUCCAUGUUUAUAUCAACAAAACCUGUGCCAUUCAUGAAACUGACACACUGAUAAAUAUUUAUUUUUUCCAAUGACCUUUACAGUGCAAACUCUGAACAAUAAACCUUCCUUUAUCACAAUA